GGAACUUUGCAGGGACUCCAAUGACGUCAAGCCCUCCGACCAAUCAUCGGCAGCUAAUAGCACUUUCGCGGCGCUUUCAGUGGCCAACAGGAGCAACACAGAAGGAAUUCUUUGGUCGUCCUCCAACCGACAGCGUAUAAAAACAAACGCUACGGUACAAGAAUGGGUUUGGAGCAAGACAUCCCGAACAGUUCUUACAGGGCAAAAACGAAAACUGCGAUCAACAACAACAACAACAGCAGCACAGAUUCAGGGAAAAUACUCUUCUCUUUUCUUUAAAAUGAUAAACAAAAAGUAAGGGACGUUGUGUUCGUGUUGCUAAGUUGCAGUAGCCUGUUUUUAUCGCUGCUGUGUGAGACGCUACAAUAGAAAAAUAGACUUAUACUUUAGUAAAGCAGUUCACAGUGUGUUCAGAGCGAUGCAGCGGUAGAACGCAAUAUACAGCUAAGGGACUGUUUCAUAUUUAACGCAGUACACAGAAAAAUAGUUGUUAUUAGUUGUUAAUUUCAGAUUCAUUUUUUUACGCAACCGUUUCAGAAACUCGGACGUUGUAUACCAAUGUGACAGCUAGGACACAGAACUACGCACAGCUAAAUAUUUUACAUUCAUAAAGAACCAUACCCUUACUGCCAUAGUGCCUUAUCGCCCGUACAUGUCGCUGCUCGUACAAUAAUACUCCCGUUCUUAUAGAGAUAUUUACACACUACUGACAGGACCAUGCCUUGGGACGUGGGGGUGUUUGACAGUCGGGCGGAUUAUAAAUCUGAGAAGCAAUGCCAAAAAACCUCGUUUGCUUUUUACCAAGCCGUCCGGGACUUGUUACCGGUUUGGGUGCUCGAAGAUAUGCGGACAAUGGAGGUGUUUCACUGGGAGGACGAUGGGCGGGCGUGCGCGUACUCUCCCUCGGAGGCUCUUCUGUACGCGCUGGUGCACGACCACCAGCCCUACGCCAGAUACCUGCUGAACAGGUACUCGGUCAGCGCCCUGGAGAUGCCCAGCAGGAGCUUCUGUUGCUGCCAGCUGUCCACCACGCCGCACCUGGCCAUGGCAGUGCGCUAUAACCGCGUCGGUAUUCUCAAAAUGAUCCUCAGCUCCUCCAAGCACUUCCCUGAGGAGGAGCGGCUCGCCUACCUGAACCGGCGCGGCUGCAUUCACGUGGAAGGCGGCAAGACCGCUCUGCACCUCGCCUGCGACCUGGUCCGACCCGAGUGUGCCCUUCUGCUGCUCGGCCACGCCGCCUGCCCCUACGUAAAGGACCGGACGGGUAACACCCCUUUGGACUCGCUCCUGUCUCAGAUUGGCCAGAGCGAUCUGGACAUGCGCCCGAAGCGCGUCUGUCUCGGCUACCUCAUUCUGUUCAUGCCCGCUUUCCGUUUCCGAAUGAAGGGACAGCUGCGGGGUGACGCGGCGCUGUGGCGGGGGCUGAUCGGGGAGCAGGCGUUCCGCUGGCUGUGCGGGCUGUCCGCCCCCUCGCUGUUCGUGCAGGCCAUGCAGAAGCUGAUUCAGUCUGUGUCCGUCGAGCAGUUGGACUCACUCCCGCUGCCCGACUUCCUAAAGCCGCUGGACUUCAGGCUACAGUGACGCCCGGGCUAUAGACUAUGCGCAUUUGCGCGCGGAUGUGUAUUUGUUUGAACGCUGUUGAUAAUUGUACGUGGCUUGAUCUCGUUGAAUGUAGAACGUGAAAGGUUUGGUUUUGUCCUUGAAAACACCGAAGCUAUGCACUUUAUAACUCAUGACUGCUUUGAUGGUCUGUAAUGCUCAGCAAUAAAAAUAUUCAUUGACACGGAAUUAAAACGAGAAAA